AUGAAUUCAUUCACUGGUCUUUGUCAGGUCCCAGCAGCACCGUCCCCAAAUGGGCAUCAUAAUUUCGUCAACCCCACCUCGUUAGCACCAGCUUUGAUGGGAGUCAUGAGCGUGAUGGUGGCAUCGGACAUCAUAUUUACUGCCGCUAGAUUCUACGUCAAUACCAGGGUUCUAGGCUUGGAUGACUCCAUCCUAGGUAUCGAGGGCACCCUGGCUGAUCGAAUUGUUUUCGUAAAGAGAGCUCAAAGUGGCGCGUCAUAUCUGGGACGUACCAGCAUGCUUCUCUGA